ACAGCACCCACAGACCCCUUCAGGGUCAGCAGGCCUGGCAGUGCCAGCACUCCUGGAAGCCAGGCAGGUACUUGCUGACAGUUUAAGCAAGCGAGUUCAUGCAUUUAAGGGCUGAUGGGCUUAAAUGAGCCCAGACAUCUCAACUUUCCCUACAAAACCCAAAACUGGGAACCACAGGGUGAGUUGCUGUGGGGAGCACCACCUACCUGUAUCCUGUGAACGUUUUUUCCUUGAAGCUAAUCUGUUUGCUGCAUAUUGUGGGGAUAAAAAAGAAAAGGGUAGCUGAGACCUGAGUUUCUCAUCUGCUACCCCUUGCUGAGUAUGUGCUUUCAGGGAGCAUCCCAUGGGGUGGGAUAAUGAGCACUUGGAAUUUUAUCCUGUUUUUUUCCCACUUGGGAAGUAAAAUUGGCCCAAGCCCACUGUCCUCACUGGGGUGGGCUCUGAAGGGGGGCCCAGGCCAGCCUGCAGUGCUCAGAGAGCAUGAACCCUGCUUCUGGCUGACCGAAAUCCAUUCAGCUACUUUAUUAACUUUGCCCUUCUGCCUCCCUUCCUGUGCUCAGGCCAUGCUCUUCAGCUUUUCCAAGCAACCACCACAGCUAAAAACGCACUCUUGCUGUCUGAGAGAUUCAGGAUCCUUCUUAAUGGCUCCAAAGGCUUUAAAGAAAUCAUAAAAUGAAAGGAGCUGAACACGUGAGAUCUCACGUAAGGCCUUUGCCUGGUUUGGCAUUUUGGCAAACGUGUAUCAGAGUGAGUAUUAAAAGCAGCUAAAAGGAGAAAAGCAGGGUCCGAGCAGUCAAGGUGAUUGUCAGAGAAAAUGCUGAGUUCCCAGGAAGGAAGCAGGAUGGUGUCACUUGGCUGCUCGAGCCCUGUUGGGUGGAAGGGGGCUGAUAUGAUGGCAGAUAAGAUAGUAGAGCUGUUGUGCUGCUCACACUCAGAAUAACCAGUUAUGCUCCAGAGCCUCAUAUUCUACAAAACUGUGCAGUUGUGUUCCUCUCUGUGUUAUGCUUUCUACCUUGCUGCUCCAUACUUUCUUCAUGGUUUUCAACUCUUUCCCUGCUUUGAGGAUCUCUGGAUGCACAGGUUUGCAUUUCAGUGAGACCUGUGAUGCUGAGAUAAUGCUGUGACUCUGAGACCUGGGGUUUCCAAAGCAAGAGGGAAUGCCAUGAAUUUCAGAGAAAGAGACUUGGCCCAUGCUUCAGUGCUGGUCUAGGAAGGGGAAGAUUUGCUUCUAAAAAUCCCUUGUUUGGUCAUGAGAGGGCUGAAAAAAUAUGUCAUGGUGGUGGUUUUGUUUGUGCAGAAAUCUCAAAGAUGGCUACAAUGCAUUUUGGAAGAUGGAUAAAAAAGGUCUGAUGCUCUGAACCUCAGCCUUCUUUCCAGGUGCUUAUUAUUCUGCAUUGUAGUUCACAGGGAAGGUUGAUCAAAAUGUACUUUUCCCUUUUUAUAUCAGACGUGCAAAUGCAGUUUCUACAAACUGGAGUCACAGUUAUAAAAUGUUUUUAUUUCCAAACUGUAACAUCUCAUCACAGGCAAGGACCACUGUCAUUAAGCUGCUGAUUUCUACUCUAGGCCUUGUGUUGCACUAUCAGUAAAAAAUGGAUAUGUGGGGCUGUUUUCUGUUCAGAGCUUCUGCUUGCAAAGAGGUUUUUUCCCCCACAGUUUGAGAAAUCUGUCUCAGCUUUUUGAAUACCAGUGCAGCAGUACUAGAAAAUUCCCUUGCAUUUUUAUUACUCAGGGUAGCAAAACCUCACUGUAGGAAAAAAGGCCUUUUUUGCCCCCAAAGCUUUGAUCUGGCAUCUUUAACUCUUGAAAAGUAUCACUCAGCUUCUUAGGAUUGAUCAAAGAAAACUGUGUAAAACAACCGGCCAACAGAUUUUCCUUGUUUUUUGUGUUCAAAUUCAAAAUUGGGUGAAAUUUCAAGUCUGAAUUUUUUUUUUCCCUCCUCUGUGGUCCGGUUGCAUUGGUUUGAUUUGUUAAAUAGAUCCUAAUGUGUGUCUGUGCCUCUUCUGUUUGUCUGCUCCGGUUCCAGAGCUGUGGCACUGCAUCCCAGAAGAACUCCUCGUGCAAACCUUCUGUUCUCUUCUGGAGGUGGAUGCCCAGUGCAGACCAUGGGCUGCAGCCGUUCCUCCCCGCUCUGCUGGCCCCUGCACAGAGCUCAGAAUGGCACCAGCUUCCACGUGUUCGACCAAGGACGCUUUGCCAAGGAGGUGCUGCCCAAGUACUUCAAGCACAACAACAUGGCCAGCUUUGUGCGGCAGCUGAACAUGUAUGGCUUCAGGAAGGUGGUGAACAUCGAGCAGGGGGGGCUCGUCAAGCCCGAGCGGGACGACACCGAGUUCCAGCACCUCUGCUUCCUGCAGGGCCACGAGCACCUCCUGGAGCACAUCAAGAGGAAGGUGUCAGUAGUGAAAAGUGAGGAGACCAAGAUGCGGCAGGAGGACCUCAGCAGGUUGCUAUACGAGGUACAGAUACUGAGGAGUCAACAGGAGAACAUGGAGUGUCAAGUGCAGGACAUGAAGCAGCAAAACGAAGUCCUUUGGCGGGAGGUUGUUUCUCUCCGGCAGAACCACUCCCAGCAACAGAAAGUGAUCAACAAGCUGAUUCAGUUUCUGUUUGGCCAGCUGCAAUCCAGCCCCAGCAGCACUGGGAUAAAGAGGAAGCUACCUCUGAUGCUUGACAAUGGGAUCUCAACUCCCCCAGUGUCCAAGUUCAGCCGUCACUUGUCUGCAGAGCCCCUGCACGACCCCUAUUUCAUACAGUCGCCAUCAACAGAACCUGCCUCUUGCUUAAACAGCCCUGGAAUUGCUGGAGGACCCAUCAUAUCUGACGUUACUGAAGCAUCACCAUCCAACAUAAUAAAUAUGCAGCCCCCUCCUGAAAAUGACAGGGAGAAGUGCCUGAUGCUGAUCAAGGAGGAGCCCGUGAGCCCUGGUGUGAAGGGCACGGCCGAGCCCGACGUGCCCCUGCCCGGCUGCCGGGCCUGCCCCGAGCCCCCGGUGCUGCCUGUUGCCAUGGUCCAGUCUGUCCUGGAGGGCAAGGGGGGCUGUGCUGCAGCCCCAGGGACCUCCCAGCCGCCAGAGAGGAGGGGCAGAAGGGCUCUGCUGGACAGAACAGAUAUUUCAGACCCCUUGGAGGGCACUGACUGGAGCCUGGAGGGGCUGCAGCUGCUGCUGAGGAGCCAGCAGUACGGCCUGGAGCCUGCCAGCCUGCUGGAUCAGGUCUUUAAUCCCAAUUUAUCUCUGAGUGAGUGGAAUAUGACUGAAAUGGAGGCCAGUCUGUCCCCGAUGCAGCGACUCACAGUGGAUCUGGAGAAGAAUGCAACUGAGCUGCCCCCAAAAGUGUUCAACGCCCCGUUUAACAGCACCUGCCCAGGGAAAGAUGUCAUCCUGGAAAAUGCCCAGCAGUUCCUCAUCGACCGUCAGUCCAUCUUUGGAAACGACCUCCUCAGCUUGCCUGAGAGUUCAUCCCUUUAUGUUCCACCUGAAAAUGUGGCUUCCUACCUGUCCUCUGUGGGGGUCCAAGGGGACAUCCCUUUAAACCUGAGCUCUUCAACAGACAACAGCCAGUGAUUUUGCUUCCAAGAACCGUCAUCUCCCUCCCACCCACCCAAGCAUCCACAGGUUUGAAUGUAAAGAAACCAAAGUGACUCAGAAACCCA